UCCAAGAAGUAACCAGAUUGGCCCUCAUCGCAGCCGCCCGUCCUUGCUCGCGCUCCCACUGACCCACCGACCCACCCGCCCGUCUGCCCGCCUGCCCGCCUGCCCACCUGCCGGUUUCUAGCAUAAAAACUGCCAGAAUCCCAGAACGCGCCGUUUGCAGAGCAGCUUAUCCGGGGCGGAGGGACUCCAGAACCACCUGAAUUAUGUCUGCCAUCCGAAAAAAGUUGGUUAUAGUGGGUGACGGUGCAUGUGGAAAGACAUGCUUGCUGCUUGUAUUUAGCAAAGACCAAUUCCCUGAAGAAUAUAUGCCCACAGUGUUUGAAAAUUAUGUAGCUGAUAUUGAAGUGGAUGGAAAACAGGUGGAGUUGGCUUUGUGGGACGCAGCUGGUCAAGAAGAUUAUGAUCGCCUUAGACCUCUUUCCUACCCAGAUACCGAUGUUAUACUUAUGUGCUUUUCCGUCGACAGUCCUGAUAGUUUGGAAAACAUCCGAGACAAAUGGACCCCGGAGGUGAAGCAUUUCUGUCCUAACGUGCCCAUUAUCAUGGUUGGGAACAAAAAGGACCUUCGACAUGAUGAGCACACGAAACAGGAGCUGGCCAAGAUGAAGCAGGAGCCAGUGAAAUGUGAAGAAGGCAAAGAUAUGGCGAAUCGGAUUGGCGCAUUUGGGUAUACGGAGUGCUCAGCCAAAACCAAAGAGGGUGUGAGGGAAGUUUUUGAAAUGGCCACAAGAGCGGCUUUGCAAGUCAAACGAAGAAAAAAAUCCGGGUGCCUUGUCUUCUGAACACAGAGGAAAGCCCAAGCCCUCAUUCGGUUAAUUUUUGAAAUGCUGUUUAUUAAUCUUAGUGUAUAAUGAUUACUGGAAUUUUCCAUUUAUCUGCAAUUUACUUUAAGAAAUUUACAAAUCAAAAAUCAUCUUGCUACCACUUUUUAAAAGCUAAGUUGGACAGUCUGUGUCCAACACAUCUGUGCACGCAGGGUCCCUCUGACAUUAUUCUUAAUAACCUUUCUCAUUGUCUCCACCAGUUCAUCAAGCACUAAUUCAAGGGAAUUAAGUUCUUGUUUGUUUUUUGUUUUUUUUUUUUUUUUAGAAAGAAAAAAAAAAGUGAUCACUUUUGUGAAUUAGGCUUUAACUACUUUUUUAUACCUUACAUACAGUCCUGUUGCUGUCAGUUGCAAGGCCCUCUAGGGAAUAAAUGCAAAUCAAUUCAGAGCAGGACCUCUUAUAAGGCUUUUAUUGGUAAAACUCUGGGGUAUUAUUCAAUUGUUUGAAAAUGGGACUCAGCCAGAGACAACUUCAAGCAGCUGUGGCACAGUAACAAUUUUGUGGUUUCAUGUUAGUGACCUUAGAGUUACUAUGUAAUUAGUGACACUGUCCGUUACCAAAAAAUAAAAAUAAAAAAAUAAAUAUAUCUACCCCA